AUGCGACCGUGCGGCGCCGCCGCCGCCGCCGCAACCGUCUUGUCGGCCCCAUGUUUUCCCGAAUCAUUUGAGACGUGCUUUUUUCCUCGGCGCGCCGGCGCCUCUGGCGGUGUGAUUUCUGCAGGAGAGGCGCCCGAGCCUCUGCGAGCGCUCCGCCGCUUUUGCCGGCGGGGCUCGCCCUGCCCGUGGCGCGGCCCCGCGUGGCUCUCGGGGAGGCUCGGUCUCUCCCGGUGGUUUGGGCUCUCUCUUGGGGUGUCUGGUCCAAUGUUCUCAGCUGGUGGUGCCAGCUCCCAGGGCGACCCUGGCAGUGAGGGGCAGCUGACGGGAGCUCCGACCUCGCUGGGCACCGAGGUCGACGUCUCUGCUGGGCUCUCCUCCUCGGGCCCGGCUUCCCGCGGCCUCGUGGCCGCUUUCGGGCUCCUGGCUUCGAGCUCUUUUCGGUCCUGGUGCCCGGCCGUACUUUAA